AUGAAAUUCCGGUCAGAUAAUUUUAGAAUGGAAUAAAUUUAUUGACUUCACACCAAAAAAGGUAGCUCACACCAAAAAAGGUAGCUCAUGAAGCUACAUCCGCCGGUUCUUCAUCACUUCCCCACUUGAGUUUCGGAGACCCUGCUCCUUACCCAGAAACCCCAGACAAAUAUCGAGGCAAAUUUCAGCACCUUGAAACACGAUAUAAUCUAGGGUUUCCAGACGAUCAGAUCGAUCGUCAGUACUCCACAAGAAAAUGUGUGAACGCCGGCGUUCUUAGAGACCGUGAUGCGGAAAGCGCAGGGGAACAGUGGAGGAGGGAGGCAGAGAAAGGAGCUAAAGAAAUCCCCUCCCCGCAACCAGCACUAAAUCGGACGUCCACCUCCCUAUUAAGAAGAAUUACAGGCAAUCUGGGCAAGGAACGACAAGAGUAUGCUCGAAAAGAUGGCCUAUAGAGCUCGAUCUACGCUGAGAAAUUUGAAAGGGAGCCUUUUUUAUAGAGAUCCAGGGUGAAGAUCGGAGCCAAAAUAGAGAGAGAGAGAGAGAGAGAGAGAGAGAGAGAGAGAGAGAGAGAGAGAGAGAGAGAGAGAGGGGAAGCGGUUCCCUGGAUCGGUUUUCUAGGGUUGCCAGUGGGCUGGGUUUUGUAUGGCGGUGGAGACACUAGGCCCCACGGACUUUUCUUGACCGACAGCUGCCGGUUAAGAAACUUCUAGACUUAUCCUAGGAACGCCGGAAAGCACUACCUGAUUGACGGUCGAUAUGGAUCCCAUGUCGGGUCCGAAUUGUGGACCGUCAUUUCAGAAUUUAGUGGAUCCAUAGGCGCCAUCCUGACCGUCAAUCAGCUGACUAAUCAGGGGCAUAUCAUUAAGUAUUAUUAUAAAAAACUUAUUGAUUGAUUACGUUAUGAUUUAUUGUGUACGGCCCUGCCCGAAAUCCCUCUCUCUCUCUCUCCCUAUCUCUACCCUCGAGGCGUAAGCACCUCUCGAGCAAGCGAUUGGUGAGCGACAGCAGAAGAAGGUUCUUCGUGCUGUUCAUUGGGGACUUCAGUUCAAUUCAGAAGCGGGGAGCGAGAGAGAGAGAGAGAGAGAGUCUCUGAUUAGGGGAACCUCAGAAAACCAUAGGAAUCAAGGUACGAGAAGAAGAACCCAAGAGGAAGAAGAAGAACCCAGCAAGAUGUAAUCUUUAGACGUAGCCGCCAUUGACGCGGACGACCUGGCCGUUGAUCCACUGGCCGGCGUCGGAGGCGAGGAAGCCGACGACGGGGGCGAUGUCCUCGGUCUCCCCGAGGCGGCCCAGAGGCACCAAAUCCACCGCCCUCUUCACAUCCUCCUCGCUCUUCCCGGCAAAGAACAUCUCCGUCGCCACCGCCCCCGGCGCUACGCAGUUCGCCGUGAUCCCCGUCCCCCGCAGCUCCUUCGCCAGCACCUUCGUCAUCGCCUCCACCGCCGCCUUUGACGCCGCGUACGCCGCGAACCUCGGAAACAGCGACCCCACCACGGAGGAGGAGAUGUUGAUGAUCCUUCCUCCGCCGCCGCGGACUAGCCGGUUCGCCGCCUCGCGGCAGCACAGGAAGACCCCCUUCGCGUUCACGGCGAAGGUCGCGUCCCAGUCCUCCUCCGGCGUGGCCGCCAGCGGCGGGUACUUGGGGUCCAGCACGCCCGCGGAUGAGACGAGGAUAUGGGCGGCACCGCCGAAGGCCGCCUCCGCUGCAUCGAACAGGGCCUUCACCUCCACCGCCUUGGAGACGUCGGCGCGGACGGCGAUUGCCCGGGAUGGCGACGGCGAUGCGGUGAUCUCCGCCGCGAGGAGCUCUGCCUGGGCGGCGCUGGCGGCGUAG